CCCGAAUACAGAGAGGUCAUCAGUCAAGAUGCCGGGUCGUCAAGCACACGGAAGGCCGCUGCUGGCCCAGCCAAAGGCCAAGGCUGGCCCCAAAAAGUCCAAGUCGAGGGCGCAGGCGAAUGCGCUGAAUGCCUUCAACAUUGCGCAGGAGAGAUUUCCCACAAAGGAGAAGAAGACGCCGCGAGCGCGGGAGCUGGACGCCGAGAUCGAGAAGAAGCAUUCGCGAGACGAGGAAGACGAGGAUGAGGAGGACGAAGAGGAGGGGCCCAGGCGAAAGAAGGUCAAGGCCCCCAAACGGGGCGCAGCGACGGAUGGCGACGUCGAGUUUGGCAGCGACAGCGAGGGAAACGAGUGGCAGCUCGGCGGCAUGGCGGACGACGACGACGACUCUGAGAUUGAGAGUGAAGACGCGUUUGGCGACAGCGACAACGAGAUGUUCCAGGGCUACACUUUCCGCGGCUCCAAGUCCGGCAAACGAAAGCAGGAUGACGACUCGGACGACUCUGAUGACAGCAAUGACGAUCUGGGAGAGACCCUUGGCGAAGAUGCCAUCGAUCUGGCGACGGCUCUGGAUCAAUUUGAGGAAGAAUCCGAAGAAGAACCAGAGGUUGAAGAAGAGUCCGAAGAAGAAUCAGAAGAAGAGGACGAUUCCGACGAAUCUAGUGCAUCUGAUGACGACGAAGACGAUGUUGAGGAUGACAGCGACGAGGAGGCCGAUCCCGAGAAACUGAAACAGCUCAGAGGCCUGAUAUCCGGUUUUGGUGGCGAGGAAGAAGACGACGAGAAGAGCAAGCCCUCAUCCAACCAACAGAAAAUCGACCUUGGCGAUCUCGGACUCUCUGGGCUAAACGACCCCUUCAUGAAGCAAUCGGUAAAGCUCCUGAAGAAGGAAUCCAAGGAGACACGGCCCGGCGCAACAAAGAAGCUGGCUGUGCCAUUGUCGCGGAGAGAACAGGGACGCCUGGACCGAGCGGUUGCCUACCAGAAGACGAACGAGACACUUGAUCGAUGGACAGAGACUGUCAAGCAGAACCGCAGAGCCGAACACCUGAUAUUCCCCCUUCCCCAGAACUCAGACUCAGCCGGGCUCGAUCGGUCAGAGCUUCAGCCCCUCUCAUUGAAGAACGCCGCCACCGAGCUGGAGUCGACAAUCAUGGGCAUCAUGGAGCAGAGCGGCCUGUCCCUGGAAAAGGAGAAGAAGCCCAAGAAGCAGGAGUUUGACGAGGAGGGCAACCUGCUUACGCGGAAGCAGGUGCUGGAAAGGAAGCGUCUGGAGCGAGAGAUCAACUCCCGAGAGGCGAAGCGCGCAAAGCGCAUCAAGAAGAUCAAGAGCAAGGCCUACCACCGAGUGCACCGGAAGCAGAGGGAGCGCGACGAGAUGGCCGCCAAGGAGGCCAUGGCCGAGGCCGGCGAGAUCGACUCCGAGGAGGAGAGGGAGGCCCAGGACCGGCGCCGCGCCCUGGAGCGCGUGGGCCAGCGCCACAAGGACAGCAAAUGGGCCAAGAUGGGGUCCAAGGCGAAGCGCGCCGUGUGGGACGACGACUUCCGAUCCGGCCUGACGGAGAUGGCUCGCAAGGACGAGGAGCUGCGCCGAAGGAAGGAGGGCAAGAGCUCAAGGGGAGCAGGCGAUGAUUCGGACGAGACCAGCAGCUCGGGAUCCGAUUCAGACGACGACGACGUCGCCAAGAUCCGGCGACAGCUGGAUGAGCUGGAGCAGGAGGACGACGAGCCCCAGUCGAGGCUGAUGAAGAUGAAGUUUAUGCAAAAGGCGGAAGCGGCGCGGAAAAAGGCAAACGACGACCUCAUCCAGGAGAUCCGCAGGGAGCUGGACGGCGAAGAAGGAGCCCAGGUAUCCGAUGAAGAAGAAAAGGGGGGCGAGAUCGGCCGGAGACAGUACGGCACCGGAGCCGCCAACCCGUUCUCCAUGGCGCGGGACAACAGCUCCGCCCGGGAGGCCAGAGAAAAGCGAAGCAAGGAGGAGGCCCGAAAGGAGCGGGAAGAAGUCCGCUUCGCAAACGGCGACGGGGCUCCCCAUGUCGCGAACGGCUCGGUCAACCACGCCUGGUCGACGCCUGCCGAGGCGACGUCCUCCAUAGCGGGCGCUUGGUCCCGGGACGACUCUCGCAGAAAGAAGUCUUCUUCCGCACGAGCCGACGACCUCGAUCUCAACGCCAACAUCCUCACCGCCUCUCAGCCAUCCAAACCGAAACCGAAAUCCUCCUCCUCCACUACUCCCAAGAAAUCCCGCCCUCAGGACGACAACAACGACGACGAUACCUCCUCCGAAUCCGACGCAGACUCAGAAAACAGGCUCCCGCUAGCCAUCCGCGACAAGGCCCUCGUAGCGCGCGCCUUUGCGGGCGAAGACGUCGUCGCCGAGUUCCAGCGCGAAAAGGAAGAGAUUGCGGAAGCCGACGACGACAAGAUCAUCGACAACACGCUCCCCGGGUGGGGCUCUUGGGUGGGCGAGGGCAUCAGCGCGCGCGAGAAGAAGCGCCAUCAGGGCCGGUUCCUGACAAAGGUCGAGGGCGUCAAGAAGAAGGACCGCAAGGACGCCAAGCUGGACAAGGUCAUUAUCAACGAGAAGCGCGUCAAAAAGAACGACCGGUAUCUUGCUUCGCAGCUGCCCUUCCCAUUCGAGUCGAGACAGCAGUACGAACGGGCUUUGCGUCUGCCUGUCGGACCGGAGUGGAUGACCAAGGAGACGUUCCAGGAGAACACGAAGCCGAGGGUCAUUAUCAAGCAGGGCAUCAUCAAGCCCAUGUCGAAGCCUACUGCAUAGAUUGGGGUGUGGCAUGCUUGGGAUGG